AUGUCAACGCCAUGGGAUCCAGAGGACGUCAGCAUACUCCUAGAAAGCAUCAAGACCCGCCAAAGGCUCCCCCGGACGCUCGUUAACGACUUGGAGGCGGUUGAACAUAUGCGGAAAGAGAAGACGGAGCGUAUCUUCUUCGAUUAUGGUGGACGGACAGCCUGGGCGGCCUAUGCCCUUACCAAGAGGGCCGCCAGCGCCACUGGCCAUGUCACUGGCAGGGGCAAACGUCAGCGACUUAUAUCUCGUCUACAACGCAGCUCCUUCGAGUCUCGUCGAUCGCUCGCCGAGCAGCUGAAUUCGGCACUGGGGUCUGACGAGAGGGAGAGAGUCGAUCGUCUCCUCGAGAUCCACCAAGCCCACCUACAGCGGAAUCGUCGUCAGACAGAAGGCAGCAGGGAGAGCUCUAUGAUAACCGAGAAUCAACAAGAAACGUCCGACAAUCUUACAAAUAUCUCCGCGAAUAUAACAAGCCCUAUCCUCCGCAAGCCCAUCCUACACCAACAAGCCGCCACAGAUAAGCAUGCUGCGCGCUGCGGAAUACUUCUCAGGAGAUGGUCAUAUGUUCGUGGAUGCUUCUAUUGUGGAGUGUAUAGAGAUGUUCCCAUUCUAUCUAGCCAACGCGAUUCGCAAACGGCCUAG